AUUUUCUGUGAUUUGAACAUGACUUCAUUACAAGUGAAAACAUUUCCUUGGAUUGCGUGCCUUCUGGUUCUGGUUUGUAAGAUCCUGGAACGGUCUAUAAAACUUUGAUAAACCAAUCAGCUUGAUUGAGGUUCACCAGGAACAUCACUAGCGAUAGGCGCUCAUCUAUAUGUAAUGAAUCCUCAAUAAAAACUGAGCCAUGGGAGAGCAGCAGGAGGAAAUCUUGACGGCUCAGCAAAGUCUGGGAGUCAGUCUCACUUUGUUGAAGGUUCAGGUAAGUUGGCGUCCGCUUGAAUAAACAGAAUAAACAUUGUCAGAUAAACAGUUGUAAGGAUUUAAGUCUAAAAAAAAAAAACCGAUCACUUGAAUUUCCAAAGUUGUUGUGUUAAAGGAAGGGCUGUCCAACUUGAACGAUGGCUUAAGGGCCUCACCCCAUUUCACAGUGCAAGACGGUGUGCAGACCUCACACUUGGGCAUCAGGCAAAUACAUAAUAAAAUCUUUGAUAGCGGUUGAUCUUCAAAGAGAAACUCUGUGGCGUCUGCGUAUAGUAUUUAAACAUUAACAUUGUUCAAAUUAGCGGGAUACGGUAAACAGUAACAAAUAAGGCAAGUGCUAAAAUUCUGAACAAUUUAAUAUCGGAUCAAUUUCAAAGGGACUCUUCAUCUUUUAAAACCUUAAAAAAUGCUGCGAGACAGACAGACAGUCUACAAUUUUGUGAUGGAUAACAUGCCCUUAAUUUGUUCAUAAUAUCAUAUUGUUAGCUAUGUCCUGAUUCAGAUUUUAGAAGUAUUUUUACUCUUAGUUAAAUUCUGCAUGAACAACAGGUAGGCACACCCAGUGGUGUAGCUAGGGUUGGUUUCAACCGGUGGGGUCGACACCCCCCCCCCCACCCCAGCUAGGCCACUGGGUACACUGUUGGUUGAAAAUGCACCAAGGUAUUAUUUUAUAUAAACAAUUAUUUAAAUAUAUUUCUUUUCAACAUCUAAAACUCAUCCGUGUCCAGUUUAUCAUCCUCCCUUUUUGCCGCACCUGCAACCAAAUUGACUAUUAACAUAUACAAUGAUUAAGGCAGCCAUAGUCAACUUUGACUGACAAACUAUAUAUAUAUAUAUAUGUCAUACUGCACAAAGCUGUGAGCCCACCUUUCAUAACAUAUUGUCAUUUUUUUUGGUAUCAUGCUUAGUAUGUUACACAGUGAAUCAUUGUUGAAUGUUUACCAACAAUUUCAGUUUGGAAGUCCGGCAGGCAUGGGCCAGCUGAUCAAGUAUUUCGAGUCGCAAAGCAGGCGGCUAGACAGACAGACCGUCAGGCUGCAGCCAGCGUCUUUCAACUCUGAGUUUGAGUCAUUGAUUAAGUUCAGUGGUGUCCCGAUUUUGCCCCCAGCUGUAAGUACUUAUAAAUGUUUAUACCUAUAUUUAAAACAAGAUAUGUGGCUGUCUGAAGAGACAGAUUUAAGUGAAAAGUAUCCUUCUUAAUCAUAUUCAUGAUACAUUCAUUAAAAGAUAAUCAAUUCCAAUCAGGUUUCUCUUGCUUUAACACAAUUGAAUGGCGCUGGCCUUUGACGCUGACACCUUUGUUGCAUAUUAUAUACUAAAACUUGCCUAAAAGUACCCCUGAAAGAAACUUGAUGGCAAAUAAAUUGAUUUACGGCUUUAGGUCAUGGACUCCCCAAGUCAUAAAAAGAAAUCCCAGAAUUCUUAUUCCCACCACUUUUCUGCCUAAAAAUAAUUUUUUAAAUAUUAUUUGUACGCUUGCUGUGGCAGUAAUACGGGGCAAAAUCUCAAAGUAAUCAAAACAAAGUAAUGAAAAUUUCUAUGCUCUCCUAUUCGGGGCUGCUGGUUAUUUGUGUCAGAUCUAUGCUAUCAUUGGGGUACUCGCAUGUUGCAUGAAAUAUUGUGCUUGAACAGAUCACAUCAAGCCGACGGGAUGAACUGUUCCAGUACAAGAAAGAUGCAGUUUUAUUGGAAAAAAGGAAAAGUGCAAGACAACGACGACAGCACUUACUACCUAAAGGAGACUCACAUGCUGUCCAAAUGCUGGUUAGAAGUUCUCAAAUAUUUUUAACAUUUUUAAAAAAUGAUUUAACUUUUCUUAUUUUAUCUGAAAAUUUAAAAAAAAAAAAUAUUGGUGCUUAUUGGAACAAACGAACACAAAUGCAAUAUACAUAGGAAUCAAUGAGUAUAUAUUGACCAUUUGUCAACAAAUGACAGAAAAGAACUUCAGGAAGGAAAACCAACUUUAACAUUGUAAAAACUUGUCUGUUUUAUUUGAUCUAUAUCGUGAUUAUGCAUGUUAAUAUUUAAAAAAAAAAAAGAAGGUUUUUCUGUAUUAAAUUUAAAUAUAGUGAUUUUUGCUUUCAUCUUUAGGGGAACCUGCCAGAAAGUGGUAUCAGACCUACAGCAAGACAGCUCAACUUUGAACUUGGUGGUCGGGAUGGUAAUCUGGGCUCUAACAUUUUUCAAGAAAAAUUGGGAGCCACAGACUCUCUUAGUACGUUUGCGACUGCUGAAACUGGAAUGGUCAGUGAUGACUUUGGCCUGCAAACCAUGGACUCUGUCGGCUCAGACUUCAUGACACUGGACGAGGGGUCUAUCCCUAAACUGUUCAAUGGCCUUGUCCUUUCGUCUUUCAAAGAACAGAAAAUCUCGUACGACCUUGACCGGCUUUCAAAAGCUUUGAAUGUGCAAGAGUUAACUUCCACUAGUGGCAGCGACCUGAGCGACUCCCUGACAAACACGCAAGUGCUGAACGCCGAAGAUGUGCAGCGCGCCCAUCACCUGGCCAAGAAGUUCCUGGCGCAAAGUGGAGCAGACACCGGCGAUGGCCAGUCGGCAAGUUUCUUCCACGAAAGUCAGGACACGGUGGUCGAGGUGUCCCCAGAACCCGGAGACAACAGCAACACCUCCGGUUAUGUGGACAACACCGUCUCCUCCAACAUGGAGCACACCCACAACAGCCCCAGCAGCUCGCCAGGGUACGGCUCGGCCAACACCAGCGCAACCACGGACAGCCAGAGAAGCAGCCGGAGCAGCCCAAAGUCGUCCAAAGGAGGGGUUCACUUCUCUUCUUUUGUGACAGAGUACAACACCAACUCCAGUCAGGUGUUCGAACGCCCCACUAUGCUGAAAAAGAAACUGGUGCAUGAACACAUACAUAUAAAUACUGAUGGGGGCUUUGAGGGUGGGACUGUGGUGCCCAUUAUAGGCAAACCCGGCGAAACCAGAGUGAAGCAUGUCUCGUCACACAAAGUCACAGAUGUGACUGGAGCCAGCGAUAUGUUAACCCGGGUUUCUCUUCACCAAGACAGCGAUUCAUCCCCAAACACACCCCCGUUUCACACUGCAUCCAGCAUCCCUUUCCAGCACUAUGGCAAGUCCGACGCCCAUGGUUCCGAUAAGGAGAAUGAUAGAAUGGGACUGGGGCAUGACACCAGCCAGGGGCAUAAAAAGUCUGAGCAUUGGCACAGAGAGAGAAGACACUGCGAUGAAAAUCCUGAACACCUUGGAACUCAGCAGUUGAAAACCAUUGGACUGGACUCGUAUAAUAUCAUUCCAGAUAGUAGAGUUAGAAUAACAAGUCAGAUUAAAGGCAGCUCUUCGGUGGCUUGUCAAGGCAUUAACACCACAGCGUUGCAGCCAUCUGUGGUGGGUUCAGUUCCUGGCGCUCGAGAUGCUCCCUGUUUUCCAGAUGCAGCUGGUGCUGGUCAUGUGACAUCCUCAAGUGAAUCACUCCAACCCCCCAUUCCACAAGCCGUCAAGGCAGCCAUUCAUGGGAGUCUCUCAGUCUCUGAUUCUCAGGCUUCAGACCAAUCAAAAGCCUUGACCUCAGGGUCCGACAGCAGUACUAUUCAUGGUGAUCUUUCAGGUCACGGGAGCGUAAAUUUAGCCAUGAAUAUCACUGUUGCUGUAGAUACUGCCGGCCACUGCAAACCAACAUUGAAACAAAUUCCCGAUCCUGUUAUGGUACAUUCUGAUGAAGUGGUCAAAGAUGAAGCUGAUGAAAGAUCUCAUUCUCCCAAAAAGCUCAACAAUGCCUCAGAUGUGAAGGAAGAUUCCGAUGUCAACACCCCGUCUAGGUUUCUGAUCCGCCGUGGAUCUUACACACUGAGCGAACCUUCACCAGCCCUGCUGCGUGUGCGGUCAAAACUGGGGGUGGAUUCUGAGGCCAAAAACACCAAGCAACAAGGGAAAAUACACACGAUAACUGACAACAGCAAAUCAGGAGUGUUAGGGACGCAAUUACCUCCAGCGAAUACUGAACUAGAACAAGGUAAAAACACCACAUCUUUUCCCUCACAGUCUACCACCACAUCUGUCCCCUCACAGUCUGAAAGUGAAGGAAAAGCAGAGCACAUCAAUAAAUACCUCAACCAGGUUCAGUUCCAGAAUUCUAUGAACUUCAGCUGGGAGGCACCUCACCAUGAUGUGCUUGAUGAUGAGGAAGGAGAUGCUGACACCAACUCAUCUGUGCUGGAGGUGUUAAAGUAAGUCAAUGCAUUUUGUCACGGUGGUUCCUUUUUAUCACACGUUAGGAUUCAUCUGCAAUAACUUCCCCUUGGACUUACCCGAUUGCCCAACAUUUUAUUAAUAGUGCAUGUUUCUGAGGGCGGGGAAAUUCGGGUAAGCAUCCAAGGAAUGCCAUUAUGACAUUGAUCACUGCAUUGGCCAUACGCAAGAUUAAAUUCAUUUCAAAUAUUCUAAAUCAUUACAACAAAGGGGUUAGAUAAGUGGGAGAGAAAUUGAAUCUAUAAUUAACAUAACCCUAUAACUGUCAUACGGGCAGAUGGACAGCCUAUGCCACAAUUUGUGGUGUCACGGUCCAUAUAUUUGGCUACUAACAAAAUCAUCAUUAAAAAUGCUAAUGUUUUAUUGUUCUUGGGUUAAUGGGAAAUUACUCUGAAGAAAUGAGUUUGCUUCAUGUUUCCGAUUCUAUCUUUGUGUCAACAUGCUUUAAUCAGGGCUUGUUUCGUGAUUAAUUGGGUGUGAAGUUUUCUCAAUUUUCUUUACUGCUAUUAUGUCUGGUGCUGAGGAGGGUCCCCCUCGAGAUAGCAAAAUCAACACAGACUUUUUUUAUUGGAAUUAUUUCAAAUGGAUUAAAAUAAUAAUAAUAAUAAUAAAGUUCAUUUAAAAAAACACGCUUCAUCCCCAAAGGCUCGAAGCGCGGUACAAAGUCAACAAAAAACAUAUCUAUAGUUCACCACAUUUAAAACAAACACAACACUACAAAAACUAAUUACAAGCAUACAAUAUCAAAGUCUUUCUAGCCAUUUCAACCCGGAGCAACACAGCAACACAAGGAAAAUAAGGUAGACAAUCAUCCCAGAAGGUAUUUGCGAAAUAGAUGUGUCUUUAGAUCUGUUUUAAAGGACUCCAGUGUCUGGUUGUUUCUAAGAUCGACAGGAAGGGCGUUCCAAAUUGUUGGACCAGCAAAUGCGAAAGUGCGCUUUCCGUAAGUCUCAAGGCAAACACGUGGUGUCGAGAGUUUGCCACUAUCGGAUGAGCGGAGCUCUCUACUGGGUACAUAAGGCGUCAGCAGCUCUUUCAGAUAGGACGGCGCCAGGUCAUGUAAGCAGCGGUAGCACAAAGUUGCGAUUUUGUACUCUAUGCGAGCACGCACCGGCAGCCAAUGCAACUCUCUCAGAAGUGUUUUUGCAUGGUCGAAUUUGCGUUUGCGGAGAACUAUGCGAGCCGCAUUAUUCUGUGCUAUUUGAAUUUUAUCCAGGAGCGUAGCUGGAAGACCCACCAUGAGAGCAUUGCAAUAGUCCAUGCGUGAUAGCACAAAUGCAGACAUCAGCCUCUUUGUUGUAUCAAUUGUUAGGAAGGGCCUGAUUUGACUAAUCCUGCGCAGCUCCAGAAAAAUCGCCCUGCAUAGCAUGUUAAUAUGACUUUCAAAAGUUAGUCUUCCAUCUAGGUAGACACCCAGGUACCGCACUGUUUGAGCUAACUCAAUACGCACACCUGAGAGAGUAAUGGAUGUCGUGUUAUGUGCAGAUUUCUGCUUCUGAGCGGUCGCAAUGGGGAGCAGCUCAGUCUUAUCAUCAUUUAAUUUGAGCUUGUUAAUGGUCAUCCAGUGCUUUACCGACUCCAUUGUCUUCUGUGUAAUACUGAGCAGCUGAGGGAACUGAGAAGUGAUCACGGAUUGAUGAAGUUGUGUAUCGUCCGCGAACAUGUGAUACAACAUGUCAAACUGCCUGAUCUCUGCACCCAGGGGCUGAAUGUACAUCGUGAAAAGCAUCGGGCCUAGGACCGAGCCCUGGGGUACUCCGAAUUCGAGAUUAGAUUUCUUCGAGGUCAAGCCGUUUGAAAUAACCGACUGGACCCGAUUAGUCAGAUACGAUCGGAACCAACACAGGACGGUAUCAGUGAGACCGAACGUUUGUUGCAGACGCUGGAGCAGUAUGCCGUGGUCGAGCGUAUCGAAAGCUGCCGAUAAAUCGAGUAAAGACAAAAUCGAUACCCGGCCCUCAUCACAAGACGACAGAAGGUCGUUUACGACGCGCAACAGGGCUGUCUCAGUAGAGUGAUGCACCCUGUAUGCUGAUUGGAAUGGUUCAAACAAGUCAAACUGAGUGAGGUGAUCCAGGAGUUGGCGGAGAACGACUUUUUCUAAGAUUUUAGAAAUAAAUGGUAGAUUUGAGAUGGGGCGGUAAUUUUCCAUCAUAUUUGGGUCAAGAUUUGAUUUCUUUAAUAGUGGAGUGACGAUCGCCUCUUUAAAAGAUGAUGGAACAAUACCAGUAGCUAAGGACUGAUUUAUGAUAUAAGUGAUGAAAACAAUGAUUUCAGAGAUAUUCCAUGUGCUAGUAAUGACAGGAUUAGGUCUAGUGGUGAUGGCGACAUAAGAGUCAGAUAUUGUUUAGUACUAAGCUUUGUCAAAUUGGUACAGGUAAAUUCAUUUGGGAAAGGGUGGACAUUGAACAGAAAAGACGCAGAUUGGAUCCGAAAGACCUACCCCAAAGAGAUUCAAAGACAUUUAUUGUUCAUGCAUGUUCUGGAGUAUUAAUUAAUUUAAAAAAAUGGAUUUAACAGCGUCAGUUGAAAAGGAAUUUUAGACUUCAUUUUGUGAUUUCCCCUUUGUAUUUUGUUUGACGGAUAGAUGUAUUGACAGACAUUUGUAUUGACAGAUAGAUGUAUUAAUAGAUAGAUGUAUUGACAGACAGAUGUAUUGAUAGAUAGAACAAAAUAAUGAGAUUGGGGUGGGUUAAAUGCAGUAGUUUAGAAUUUAAAAUUUAGUUGCUCUGUCAAGGUCAGUACCAACAAACAUAAUCCAACAUACAUAAUUAAAAAAAACAAAUACUUUUCAUACCAUAAGACACCUUGUCCCAUGUACUUUCAGCAGAUUCAUACUUGUAAAGGUCUCUGAAUUAAUUUAUUAUGGGAUUUUGUCGUUUUUUGAUAAGCAUAUGUAAAUGAUGAAAGUGGCUUGACACCACAUAAAAAUGCACUUGAAAUUUAUAGGGUUAAUUAAAAUUGUCUGUUUACACUUAAAUUAUUGAAUGUGGUUGCUUUCUGGGGUAUGUGUGAAACAUAAGAAGCUUCUGAAGUGGGAACUUUGUACUUUGGGUCAGUGUUAGUUUGAACCCCUACUUUCAUGCCUUUCUUGUGUUGAUCACUUUGCCACCUGGCGAUGUCAUACUAUUCUUGUGUUGAUCACUUUUCCACCUGGCCAUGUCAUACUAUUCUUGUGUUGAUCACUUUUCCACCUGACCAUGUCAUACUAUUCUUGUGUUGAUCACUUUGCCACCCGGCCAUGUCAUACUUUUCUUGUAUUGAUCACUUGGCCACCCGGCCAUGUCAUACUUUUCUUGUAUUGAUCAUUUUUGCAUACCUGGCCACACCAUUGUUUAUGUUAGGUUUCCAUUAUAUGUCUUCAGGUCAAUUGCUGAGAGUCAAGGCAGCUUGGAGCAAGUGACUGUGGAAGAGUUGCUGUCCCUGCAUGAACAACAGAUGGAGCUGAAGAGACAAGAUUUGAUCAAACAACAGCAGAGGGACAUGGAGGAGCUCUUUGUUCAGCAGGUUAGAAUUCUGGAAAGAAAAAAAAAAGGUUUAACACACAUUUAACUUUCUAUUCUUUAACUCUUUAGGUGCAGAAUUUUGUUAAAAAUGUACAUUUUUUCGAAGAGUGAAAAAGUGUGAGGUUGGGUUUAUUAAAAAAUAUUUAGAAUAUUAUACUUUGGUUUAUAAGACUAAACUUGGUAUCAAAUGAAAGAUACUUGAAAGGACUACAUCUUUGUAAACUUAUUUCUUCAGUUUUAAUAAAAUAAGUUACUGAAAAGAACCAUAAAAUGUGAAAACAUUAUAUUAUGCUAAAUUAUUUUUUCCCCAAAACUUAUGAUGUACGCAUACCUCAUCUUCACUUCUAUAACUCAAAUCCUCUAAAACUACUACUAUUGAAAUCAUGCAAUGGAUUUAAAUAUAAAUCAUCUUCACUAUCAAAAGAAAUAGUAUAAAACAAUUCCAAAGCUUUUUGAGCUGUUAAUUGUCUAGGAAACUUAGUCACCUACUAGGGCCUAGAGUAGCCACAGUAAUUGUAGGAAAAAAGUGAAGAAAAUCAUUAAACUAAUGCUUCAAAUGACAACAAAUAAACCUUGGUUUAGCUUAGAAACAUUGAAGUACCACUCUUCUAUGUAAAAGUCUUAUUUAAAAAUAGCUCUUAAAAGGUUUAACAGAGAAGUAGCAAAGAAACAAACAUGAUAUUGAAACAGCGCGUUGGUCCGUGCUUUUGCGAACGGCGGAUGAACGCAGUUUGCGUUAAUCCGCAUUGAAAGAGUUAAUGGAGAUCAAUUUCACCACUGUAGUCUAUCCUUUCCUAGCCACUUAUUUAUCACAUAAAUAAAUCUUUCUUCAUUGCCAUUUAUAUUAAAGCUAUUUCCAAACAUGAUGCAACACUACUCGAGUGAAAAAAAAUCACACUAUCAAAUUUAUUUUUGUGGAAUAGGAAACUGUUAAGCUCAUAUUGUUUGUAAAAGGAAUAUCAUAAAAAAGAACGGUGUUCUAAAAAAAGCAAGAUUUCAUUUUAAAAAAAGGAGCAGGGUGGAAAAGAGGGUCAUAUUGUCAUGAAACAAAUUUGAGCCCAAGUCAAAAUAGUUAUCACUGUCGUUAGCAGUUUAUUUAUCACUGUAGUUAUCAUUCUAGUUAUCACUAUCACAAUCCAAUUUUCAACAGAGAAGGGAGGUGAUGUUACUCGAGUCAGAAAUUCAAGCAGCUCAGCAGCAGGAGAGGGAACAGCAUGACUUCCUUUUUCAAAAUGCUCCUGAAAAUAUCAAAGUGAAAGCCAGGAACCAUGAUGGAGAAUUCAGCCCUGAGCAAUCUGGGGCCUACACCAGCCAUGGUGAUCUCAAACACGCCAAAGAGGAUCACCCGAAUAAAGUAACCCAUGUUUCGGACGGAAGGGUUCAUUAUUCUUCCCUUCAUCUCCCAACUGAUGCCAGUUCCUUGCCUCAUCCUCAGGCUCAGCCUAAAUCAUACCCCGAAGAUCGCAAUCGAGAAAAACAUAGACAAAACACGGGGGUAUCUCACUUGAAAAGUGACCAGUCCAAGAGAAAAAAAGUGGACAAAUCCAAUGAUGAGUCACAGACUCAAGUCAAAACUGUUGCUGAUGGCUCUGAUGCUCCAUCGCCCAGAAGUCCAGCUGGAUUAAUCAGCAAGAUCCCAGAGUUCAGUCCCUCAUCUUCAUCACCACGUAUUCACCGCCCUUUGGUGCUAAGAUCACCUUUAAAAAACAUUUGGCUCUCCAGGCAAGAGGGAAAGGUUGUUGUGCCUAGUGAGGUUUGUGUGCUAUCUUUAAUUUUUAUAAUUAAAGAAAAUAAUAAUAUUCUUGUGACUAAUCAGAUCUGUUUACUAUUUCAACUUUUAUAACGAUUAUAUUUCUAAUGGUAAAUUAAAAAUAAAUAAAUAUCCUCAUUGUUUGUAGAAAAUGUUAGAAAUCUUUAUGUGUAAAAUUAUGUUGUUAGCUAUGUCAUAAGUUGUAUAAUUCAUGACAGGUCUCUAACACUACAUUUCUAUGUCUUCUUCUAAUGCACAGCAAGGGUGCACACGAUAAGAAGCAUUUUAAAAAAAUGGAAUUCAGACUUAGCUCCUGAAAACAAAUUUCCACCUUUCAGCAUCCAUACCUUAGAUAUCUUGUGUUUAAAUUGUUGUAAUUGUAAAAUGUUGUCUUCGUUAAAACAUGUAUUUAUUUACGCUCUGAAGAGCGUAAUCAAAAAGAUUUCUAUUUAUUUGAAUCUAUAAAAGAAUUGUAUCUUAAGUCAUUUCAAAAUAAAUGAUAAACAUUUACACUUGAGGCUUUCACUGGUAGAAAAUCUUUUCUUUUCUAAAUGUAGAUCCACCAAAUUACAGUAAUAGCUUAAAAUACAGUAAAAUCUUCUGUUUGCAUGAUCUAAUGAUACAUUUUUUAUAUGGACGAAAGAGAUUAAUGUAAAGAUGUGAAAAUGACAGUUUUGACUUAAGUACACUUAAGGUUACCUUAGUUGGUAAUUUAGUAAGAAGCAAUUCAUUUCAUCUUCAGCUGCAGUUGUUUUUAUUGUGUUUUUUGUUUUUUUUUGUUUUAGGCUCUCCUGCCUGAACUACAAGCCAAGUUUGCGAGAGUGAGUGCUGUUGCUAAAGGGUUCCUGACCCGCUGCUUGCUGAGGUCAGACAAGGUUCAGGAACUGAUCAAAACCAUUCAUGUAAGUGUUAGAUGCCUUGAUUUCAUUGACUUUGAUAUAAAUACCAAGAGAUUUUAUGAGCCAGAUUAAUGUAUGUAUGUUUCUCUCUUUCUCUCAAGGACUUAAAUUUAAAGAAAAGAAAGAAAUUGUGGUUCUUUAUUUGAUCACAAAACAAAGAAUAUAACUGAAGCAACUAGCAGUUUGGAACCAUCCAUAUAGUUUUGUACACUUGGAUCAUAUUCCAUAUGUGCCUUUGGGUCUCUGAGGCCAUGGUGAACAGUGUGCACACUCUCCUCAGCUGUUCUAUGUUAAUAAAUAGGGUGAUAUUGUAUUAUCAUAACCCCCAUAGGGUUAUAUUGUAUUGUCAUAACCCCAAAGGAUGAUAUUGUAUUGUCAUACCCCCAUUCUCCGCUGAACCAAUAAGCUACCUCCUAUUUUCUUUUCAUUUGACCACUUCCCCUCAGUGCUUAUGUCAUAUAAGGAUGACCUUUUCAUACUCAUAUCUGUAACAAUAGGUUUUUCUCAAAAUUUUACAAUCAACGACCCAUCCGAUUCAAGAUCAAGCAAGUAGCUUGAAUAAAACUCAGUCUUCAUUAGGGUCUGUGCUGUGAGCUUCACAUUUUUUCUUGAGGGCCCAGAAGAGAUGCGCACAUACACUCACACAUUAGGGAAUGACAAAUGUAUUUAGACAAAUGUUACACGGUAAAAGGAAUGAGAAGAAUCUUUAAAUAAGGCACAAACACAAAUAUUUUGAUUACUUUAAUUACCAUCUUAUGUAGUCACAGACACUCUUUGCUAACUCCACAGGACACUCGGGAAUUCGCCUUCAAUUUCCAGACGGAAACACCUAUUAAAAAGGGAGUUUUUACAUCACAAGAUAGGGCGUUAUUGGAGCGAAUUAUUGCCCAGGUAAUUUAAAAAGAUAAUUUUAUUUUCACAUAAUUAAAAAUAUUUUUUUGAAUUUUUCAACCUUAUUUUUGUUUAAAACUUAAAUUCAAAUUCAUUCCAUCAAUGAUUAUGGGACAUCAUUAAGGUAAAUGUUUUGAGAGUCAUGUGGAUUGUGCUACCAAUUAACCAAAAACAAUCAUAUAAUUAAUUUGUUGUUUAUCCAGCUUCAGGCUGCAUUGCUUGACAUACAUGAGAUCUUCUUUGAGAUUCCUUGCUGUGAGCGUAUGGCGCUCAUUGAACAAACACGUAUGAAAGAAUAUGAAAAGGCAAUGAAGGCCGUAAGUUUACUUUACUUUUGAACAUUAUUGUGUUGGUAAUUUAUUACAUGAAAUCAGGCAAACUCACCCUCUUGUAGUCAUUUAUUACAUGAAACUAGGUUAACUCACUUACUUGUAGUCAUUUAUUACAUGAAACUAGGUUAACUCACUUACUUGUAGUCAUUUAUUACAUGAAACUAGGUUAAUUCACCCACUUGUCAUUUAUUACAUGAAACUAGGUUAACUCACUUACUUGUAGUCAUUUAUUACAUGAAACUAGGUUAAUUCACCCACUUGUAGUCAUUUAUUACAUGAAACUAGGUUAACUCACUUACUUGUAGUCAUAUAUUACAUGAAACUAGGUUAAUUCACCCACUUGUAGUCAUUUAUUACAUGAAACUAGGUAAACUCACUUACUUGUAGUCAUUUAUUACAUGAAACUAGGUUAACUCACCAACUUGUAGUCAUUUAUUCCAUGAAACUAGGUAAACUCACCCACUUGUAGUCAUUUAUUACAUGAAACUGGGCAAACUCACCCACUUGUAGUCAUUUAUUACAUCUAACCUUUACAUUGAUGAACAUUUUAAGAAUUUAUCUGUCUUCAUUUCUCAGUCUCAGGAUAGUGCAAGAGGUUCUGGUCCAAGAAUCAGCCAGGCUACGCUCAAAGCCCUAGAGAGAAAGAGAAAAGCCAGGUAGGAUAACUAUUGUUGAAGGACAGAACCAGGUACCAAUGUGUAGCUCAUUUACUAAUCAGUGGCCAUCCUUAAAUGAUGUCACUCUAUUUUGGCUGAUUUUUUUUGUUUUUUUUUGCCCCCCCCCCCCCCCCCCCUGCUGACCACAACUUUGUAUACGUUUUUGACAUGACAUCAUUUAUGGAUGAUGGCCCCCCACAGUCUCAAAUGUUUCUUACCAAAAUCUGUUGUUUUUUUUUUGCCUUUUUCUAAGAAUUAUACAUUUAAAGUGGUAAUAAAUAUGUUACAGGUUUUUUUUGGGAUAAUUUUAGUGUUUUAAAUCUUUCAAGAAGUUAUUUAAUUGAAUUGAAAACAUCCUACAGAGAAGCUGAAUCAACAGUAAAUAUGAACUCAUCCCGUCCCAAGACUGCCCCAUCUUCAAUCUCUACACAUGCCAGACCACACAACCAAACAGACUUUAGGUAAUUUUUAAAAAUUCGUUAUUGCCAAUGGUGGAAUUACAGCUGAAAUGAUUAAAAAUGGAAUUCACAGUGUCGCCGGCGUUGCAACACACUGGUCUUGUGUGUGACAUGGUGCCUGUCAGUGUGUGCUACAAGUACAUGAUGAGAAGAUUCUUUCAUUGAGCCAAAUAAAGGGAAAUGUUGGUUUUUUUAAUUGUAUUGUACAUUGGUUUAGGUAGAAGGAAAUAUGUAAAGUAAGGUAUGGGAAAAACCUGGGGAAAAAACACCAGACCAUUAUUACGCUGAGGAAGGCUUCUUGCUGACAGGCUCGUUGCAACCUUUUUUUUUCUUCCAGGUUGUCCCAUACCUUGUUUGACAUAUUUCCUGCAAGGAAGUACAUGGAGUAUGUUUCAAAGAAGAGACUUCUGAAACAAAAUGUUAUUGAUGAGACACAUUUUUUCUUAACUCUUUCGAUGCGGAAAAAUGCACAGUGCGUUCAUCCGCUGUUUUCAAAAGCGGACCAAUGCGCUGUACGCGCUGUGCGUUUUUUCAGUAUCAUGUUUGUUUCUUUGCUAUUUCUUGGGGAAACUUUUUAAGAGCUAUUUUUAAAUAAGACUUUUAAGAGUGUACUUCAUUGUUUAUAAGCGAAGGUUUAUUUGUUGUCAUUUGAAGCAUUUCUUCGCUAUUUUUUUCUACUGUUGCUAUGGCUACUCUCGGCUCUUGUAGGUGAGUAAGUUUCCUAGACGAUUUACAGCCCAAAAAGCAUUGGAACUGUUUUAUGCUAUUUCUUUUGAUAGUGAAGAUGAUUUAUAUUUAGAUCCAUUGGAUAAUUCCGAUAGUAAUAGUUUUAGAGGAUUUAAGCUAUAGAAGUAUUAGAAAUGAAGAUGAAGUAUGCGUACAUCAUAGGUUUAGGGAAAAAAAUGGUUUAGUAUAUAAUGAUUUCCCAUUUUAUGGUUCUUUUCUGUAACUUAUUUUAUUUAGACUGAAGAAAUAAUGUAUUCCUUUCAAUUAUCUUUCAUUUGAUACCAAGUUUAGUCUGAUAAACCAAAAAAUAAUAUUUUAAAUAUUUUUUUUAAUAAACCCAAUCCCUCACUCAUUUUUGCUCUUCGAAAAAAAAUGUACAUUUUUUCGAUGAAAAAAAGGUACAUUUUUUCGAUGAAAAAAUUCUGCAGCCAAAGAGUUAACAAGCAGUUCUUUUACCUGAGGCUCAUCAAGAAAACAUUUAAAUUUUUUCCUUUCAAUUGUUUCCUUGUGUUGUAAAGUGGAACAAAAAUGUGCUAAGCUAUAAUGUGAAUUUAGAUAUAAUGGGGACAUGGCAUGACUCCCAAAUUUUCUUUAAUCAUUUUAAGAUGCAUUUAUUAUUUUUUUUUUCAAAUACUAUGGGGGAAAAAAAAGUAUACAAAAUAUUUUACUUUAUUUUCGGGAUGAGAUUAUAUAGUUCUUUUUGAAUAUAAUAACAGCCCCCCCCAACCCCUUCUUUUUUUUAUGUACUAUAAUAAUAUGGGGAGGACUGCAUUCAGGUUAAAGCAAUAGGAAAUAUCACUGUCACAAAAAUAGGGGAAAACAUGAAAAUAAAAAUAAAAAAUAAAUGACGAAUGUUUUCGACUGAUAAGAUGAGCCUUUGAGAGUAAACAAAGAGGAGCAACAGAAAGAUAUGAUUAGCCUUUGACGGUAAACAAAGAGGAGCAACAGAAAGAUAAGAUGAGCCUUUGACAGUAAACAAGGAGGAGCAACAGAAAGAUAAGAUGAGCCUUUGACAGUAAACAAGGAGCAGCAACAGAAAGAUAAGAUGAGCCUUUGAUAGUAAACAAGGAGGAGCAACAGAAAGAUAAGAUGAGCCUUUGACAGUAAACAAGGAGGAGCAACAGAAAGAUAAAAUGAGCCUUUGACAGUAAACAAGGAGGAGCAAUAGAAAGAUAAGAUGAGCCUUUGACAGUAAACAAAGAGGAGCCACAGAAAGAUAAGAUGAGCCUUUGACAGUAAACAAAGAGGAGCCACAGAAAGAUAAGAUGAGCCUUUGACAGUAAACAAAGAGGAGCCACAGAAAGAUAAGAUGAGCCUUUGACAGUAAACAAGGAGGAGCAAUAGAAAGAUAAGAUGAGCCUUUGACAGUAAACAAAGAGGAGCCACAGAAAGAUAAGAUGAGCCUUUGACAGUAAACAAAGAGGAGCCACAGAAAGAUAAGAUGAGCCUUUGACAGUAAACAAAGAGGAGCCACAGAAAGAUAAGAUGAGCCUUUGACAGUAAACAAGGAGGAGCAAUAGAAAGAUAAGAUGAGCCUUUGACAGUAAACAAAGAGGAGCCACAGAAAGAUAAGAUGAGCCUUUGACAGUAAACAAAGAGGAGCCACAGAAAGAUAAGAUGAGCCUUUGACAGUAAACAAAGAGGAGAAACAGAAAAACUGAGCUGAUGGUGAAAGCUGUGCACUUACUCAAAACCUAAAUUGUUUCAUUUUGUGAUUUUGUUUAAGAUUUUCCCUACUCUCUGUUUUAUUUCAGAUUUUCCCUCCACUCUGUGUUUUAUUUCAGAUUUUCCCCCUACUCUGUGUUUUAUUUCAGAUUUUCCCUCCACUCUGUGUGUUCUAUUUUGUCAUGUCUAUCUUAUGAAUAAAUAAAACAUCACCAUAAACAAGGUCCUACUGUAUCUUCAACAGUGGACCAUUAAGAAGACAUUUUGGUUUUCUCAUCAACAGGGCACUGAAACCUUUGCAAGGUCAGAGCCAUUCGCAGGUGCCGCCGCUGAGCCAAAGGUAAAUUUAGAAACUCGUGAAAAUUGCAGUAGUUAGAUUUUUUAAUCAAUUAAAUCGAAUGAGUGAAUUGUAUUUAUUUUAGUAAUUAUUUAUAUGGUGUUUCUUAUAAUUAUUAUACUCAUGUUUGUUUUUGAUCAGAUGCAAACAGAAUAAAUGUUAAUAGAAUGUUUAAAUAAUAUUUCCUUUCUAAAUGAUAAUUCUUUUUACCUUCAAGUGUUAAAACUUUAAGGAUUUGUACUUUUUUAAAAAGUUCAAAACAUUAAAAUGUCAAGGAUUUGUAUUUUAAAAUUUCAAGUGUGUAAAUUUCAAGGAUAUGUACAAAAAAAAAAAAAAAAAAAAAAAAUAAUUUAAAACUUUAAGGAUUUGUACUUUUUUAAAAAGUUCAAAAAAUUAAAAUGUCAAGGAUUUGUAUUUUAAAAUUUCAAGUGUGUAAAUUUCAAGGAUAUGUACAAAAAAAAAAAAAAAGAAAGAAAUAAGAUUAUUAUUAAUCUUUAGAUCUGAAAAAGACAGACCACGAACUGCCCCAGAGAAACAACUGACCAAGCCUAAACGCAUUACGGCCCCAUUUAUCAAGCCAGCCCUUUCUACCACCACUCUCAUAGAAACAAACAAGGACUUGAAUAAAGAUGGUAAGUGACAUGUGAACAUCUGUUUCUCUGGAUUCUAGUUCACAAUGAAAACUUGAGUUAUUUUUAAUUGGUAAUCAUGAGAUUAUCAUUUUAACAUAUGAAACUUGAGGUUUUUUUUUAAUAUGUCUCCCAGAACUAAGGGAAAAAAAAAUAAAAGCAAUAAAUUAUUUGUAAAAAAAAAAUUAAUCUCAUUUGUAUUUUAAAAUUUGACAGCAGUUGCCCAUCAGGGAACCAACAACAAAGCAGUGACCAAGAACAAAGUAGCCAUCAGUAAACAGUCUUCAAGCAAAUCAGGAAAAUCGUGGAGAUAAUCUUGACUGAUAAUCUUGACUUACUUCAUUAAACUAUUGUCGUGUUCAUCAAGGCCUUACUGUUAACAUUCUUUAAUCUGUUGUAGAUUUUGAUACAUCCAGCUUUUUGCAGCUGUGCCAGGCUAUUGCCAGCCUUAUCUUUUCAUCAGCUGAUGUACAUAAUAUAUCUUUCUUUAGACUCCUUAUGGGGGAUGGAAAUAUCCAUGUUUAUAAAGUCAGAAGCUGACUUUAAAUUAAGAAGGUUUAGUCAAGCAAAGGGUUGAGGCCACGCUAUUGCAAUGUGUGCUAUGAACUACAUGACCUAUCGAAAGGUCUGCUAUGAACUACAUGACCUAUCGAAAUGUCUGCUAUGAACUACAUGACCUAUUGAAAGGUCUGCUAUGAACUAACUACAUGACCUAUUGAAAUGUCUGCUAUGAACUACAUGACCGUCCAUUCCAUGUCUCUCAAUUUGUAAAAACUAUCCCCUUAGGUAUUUAUUUUCAAGAAAUAUUUACAUUUGAAUGAUAAUUGUAAUUUUCAUAUUGUUGUCAAAGGACAAAUGUUUCUACAGUUAGACAACUUGCCUUAUGUUUCAUUUCUGUGAUUGUUUACCUUUCAGCCCGUGCUCAUUUUGAUAAUUUUUUUAAUGGAACUCAUUAAAAAAUAAAUAU